GCCAGGUCCGUUGGUCGCCGCGCGCAGCAGGCGGCGGGGCGGGCGGGGGCCGCGCCUGGGCCUGGCCUGGCCGGGGCGGAGGCGGCGCCGGUGAUGCGGCCCUGAGGGGCGGUGAUGCGGCCCUGAGGGGGCCCCGCCCCCGGCCCCUCCCUCCCUCCCGCCCGCCCUCCGCCCGGCGCCUCGGCUCCCCCUCCGCCCCCUCCCCCGCCCCAGCCCGAGCCGGGAGCCGCGCAGCCGGGGCCCGGCGGGGGAGCUCCGAGCUCCAUGGGCAACACCGUCACCUGCUGCGUAUCCCCGGACGCCAGCCCCAAGCUCAGCCGGGCCCGCGGCGGCGGGGCAGCGCCGGGGCCCGACCGCUGGGCGGACGCGUACCAGGCGGCGGCGGCGGGCGGCGGCGGCGGCGGCUCGGGAUCGGCGGAGGCCGAGUCGGGGGACUCGGAUCCCGGCGGCGGCGGCCCCCACCUUCAGCACAUCAGCGAUCGGGAGUUCCCGGAUGACUUAGCCUUGGAAUCUAAUCCAUCUGAUCAUCCCAGAGCAAGCACAAUUUUCCUGAGCAAGUCUCAAACAGAUGUGCGAGAGAAGAGGAAGAGUAACCACAUCAAUCAUGUUUCUCCUGGGCAGCUUACAAAAAAAUACAGCUCAUGCUCAACAAUAUUUAUAGAUGACAGCACCGUCAGUCAACCUAACCUUAGAAGCACAAUAAAGUGUGUAACAUUAGCAAUAUUCUACCAUAUAAAGAAGAGAGAUUCUGACAGAUCAUUGGACAUUUUUGAUGAAAAAUCUCAUCCUCUCACAGUUUAUUUGGAAAGACUUUUAACCUAUGCAGAGAUUGACAUAUGCCCUAGUAACUGGAAGAGGAUAGUCCUAGGAGCUAUUCUGCUGGCUUCUAAAGUCUGGGAUGAUCAGGCUGUGUGGAAUGUGGAUUAUUGCCAAAUAUUGAAGGACAUUACUGUUGAAGACAUGAACGAGAUGGAAAGACACUUCUUGGAGCUACUGCAGUUUAAUAUCAAUGUUCCUGCCAGUGUUUACGCCAAAUACUACUUCGAUCUUCGCUCCCUAGCAGAUGACAAUAACCUGAGCUUUCUGCUGGAGCCUCUCAGUAAAGAGAGAGCACAGAAACUGGAGGCUAUUUCCCGGCUGUGUGAAGACAAAUACAAAGACUUGUCAAAAGCUGCUAUGAGACGAUCUUUCAGUGCUGAUAACUUAGUUGGCAUCCGCCGUUCUAAUGCCAUCCUCUCCUGAGGAGAGAGAAAGGUGCAGCACCAUGAACCAGCAUCCAUAUGAAUUGGAGGAAUACCACCACUCCAUGCACACAAGCCAGCGGUGAUGGUGUCUUCCAGCAAGAGGAGAGGAGGGUAAACUAGUCAAGAGAGCCCAGAGCUUGAGGAGCAUACUCGGUGCAAAAGACAAGAUCUUUGUCAAAUCAACUCUCUCCUCCUUCUAAUGUAUCCAGAGGUGCAAAACCAAACUUCUCUCCUUCUCUCCCCCAUGGAUGUUUGCUUACUAUGUAGGCCUAUAGCUGUGAACUCUUCAGGUUUUUAAUAAUAAGUAGUUUUAAAUUUUAGAAUUUAAACACUAACCACAUGACUAUAGUUAAAAUGUUCUACCCUCCUUUCCCUGUCAUCCAGAGUCUCACUGCAUUUAUAUUUCAGGCUAAUGCAGUGUUAACAAAAAUAAAACAAAACAUGGGACUCUCAAAGUACAAAGCCACUCUGGAGCCGAAAACAGUAGCAUAUACAUGUGUUGACAGCUUUUCCCUGGUUUGGCUACUAAAAGCUGCUAUUACUGGUGAUCUGUUCAUAACCAAGAAGCUGCCCAGCAAGAAGGAAUUCCAGCUCUGCACCCACAACUUCACUCCAGUAGAGAUUGUCGAAAGACUUUGAAUGUUUUGACUGGGGCAGAGAUACGGUUUUAUGUAUUGUUAAAAUGUAUAGGGUCCAUGCUGCAUUUCUUGUGAAAUAUGGUGCUUCUCUCAUUUUCUGAUACUUGUAUUGCUCUGGAAGAGACGCAAUUUGUGUAUUUUUCUGAGGCAUUGAAUGAGAAAGUUGGUCUGGAAACAUCACCAUCCCAAACAGUGUAGCAAUCCAGUGGUGAAUGGCAUGUGUGCAGCACUGCUUCUCCGAGUUCUACUGCAGAUUUCUUGUGCUAUAUACAGUGGAGUUCCUAAAGCUGAUAUUGUGCAUCCAUCUGGCUCUCCCUGGGUUUUUGUUUCCUGGGAGGGAUUUACAUUCAUAAUGAGACAGUAAUGAGUUUGAUACUCCUGGACUACCUAACAAGGUAGAUUGAAAAAUACUGUGUUCAAUUGAGAAUUAUAAAAAGCUUUCUAGAAAACCCUUUUUUUUUUUUUUUUUUCAAAGUCAGUUUUAACUUGUGCAACUGCUCUAGAGGCAUGGGUUUUGCUCUGAGACUUUGGAAUGGAGCUUACUUUCAGGCUCUGAAACUGAACUCUAAACAGGAUAAGUAUUAUUAGACUCUUCCUGUUACAAGUCUUUGUAGUAUCUUCCCUUCUUGGAUCCAAAUAGAUUCUAGGCAGUUUGUCCUAGGAGCAGAUCUGCCUCCAAAUGGCACAGGUUUUGUGCACUUCCUCCUCCAGCCAAGGCCCAGAAACUUACACUGACUAGCAAGUCCCUGUGCCUUUGGGAGUGGGGCUGUCUGACUGUGCUCACCAGUCUGGCUGCACUCAGCUGGUUAAGUGAUGCAUACAGCCUUUUGCAGUAUGCAAAUAUUCCAGCCCCUGGCUCCCAAAUCCAAGGAACUUGGCACUUCAGGUAUUGAUACAGUUCAAUUUUGAAAACAAUGCUACAUCUUCAGGUGGUUUUCAUUUCUCAUGUUUGUAUUAAAAGAAAAGCUAAUAAACUCUAUUUUAAUUAAA